GCUUUGACAGUUGAAUAGGAAAUUUUCACUAUCAGUCGAGUCGGGCCUUCGAACUUUUCUAGAACCUUUUCAGCCAAGCAGCAUCAUCAGCAGUUGGAAAAGUGUGUGCACCGUUUGUUUCGUACUUUGUUAGUUAGUUCAUCACACUCUAUUCUUCUCCCGGGGCUGCUAGUUUCGUGUCUAUUUGUCAGCGCUAGCCAGCGUUUUCGAACGGAAAACGGUUUUGUUUCGGUUUCAUCUCGGUAACUUGUCUCGUGAUUUGCUCGCGUGAAAAUCGUUACAGCAGCACAACGAAGCGACAAAGGAAAACGGUUCGGAAGGAUAGCAGCAUAAUUGGUAGCUCACAAAACAGCACCACACUAAACAUUCCACGCUCGAAAGUUCGUCGCUCGGUGCGACACGCAAAACAAAAUAUCAGGUGACGACAACGGCAAGCCGAAAGGUGACCUACGUGACUUUUGAUACAACACCCGGGAUCCUUGCAUCAGACCUUCUCCUUCUCCUGCUCCCCCGGCGACGGUGUUCGUUCAUCGCUCUCAUCCAACCACCCAACCUAAUCGUGUCGUGUGAAAUCAAAUCAACAAAUCGAAUCGAAGCAACCAAACCGCUUUUUAAGCUUCAAAACAAAGCAGCAUAGAGUCAGCUGAGAGCAGCAGCAGCAGCAGCAGCAACACCAGCGCUUAACCGCCCACUGCACUGUGUUGCAGCAUUUUUGUUUGCCCCUGUGUCCUUUGAAAGGCAUCAAAAUUUGCGUCGUAAAGAUGGACCUGUUAAAAAAAUUUAUGGGCUUAGACGGCCGGAAGGAUGAUGAUGAUGAUAACAGGAAGAAGAAAGCAACGCUCAAGGACGAGUUCCGCAAACCGAUCUGGGUAGAGGAGGACGACAGCGAUGACGAGCUGUUUGAUAAUCGGAAAAUUUACGGUGUGCAAAUUUUCACCAACCCGAUCGAAAUGCAAAAGUACUUUGAGCAGCAGAUGCAGGAGAUGUGGAAAUCGCUCGAAGAGUAUGACGACAGUGUGAAAUUGUUCGACCAUGAUUUGAAGCAAGACUUCCUGAAACCCGGCUUUGAGGAAGCGGACGUUGGCAAGCAUGCGAAGCGGCAAGAUACCGAUCUGGAUGGAGAGAUCUAUGCUGACCAGCUGCAUUCGCUGCUGCAGCGCAUAUCUCCGGAUCUGAAGGAACUUAUGCCGAAAAAGCGCACGGACAGGAAGGAUACCGCUAACGCUUCCGCCGAACGACGUCCGAAGCGCACGGACGAUGAGAAAGUGAUGGAUCUUAUUCACGGUAUCACCGACCAGAAACAGUCGCCGGCCGGGAUCUCAAAACCGUUCAAACGCAACGGUGGUGGGCUGCAGCAACGUUUCCCCGAAGGUGGACUGUUCGAGGGCGCAUUCCAAGGACCGCGCAUGUUUGGCCAAAGCAUCAUUUCGCAAACGAUUCGUCGCCCGGAUGGGUCGUACGAAACACGCCGCACUGUGCGUGACUCCCAUGGUAACACCCAAACAACCGUCACGCUGUCCACGAAAGAUGGCCGUCAGGAAACGGUCACAACGUACGACGAGACUGGCGGCAAGCAGAAGCGUCUGGCAUCGGGGGAGGACAUGUUUGGCAUGAGAAAGGGAGGCGGCGGUGGAAGUGGCCAAAUGGAGGGUGACGACACGUUGCCAACCGGUGCACUGCUAGCGCUGGAUGGCAAGUUUGGGCUGACCGGCAACGGUUACGUGCUCCCGAAGAACCUCUGGUGACUUCACGCGUCGCAAACCGACCGCCGUGAUGCGCUGCUCUGCUGUGAACCCGCAGGAGGAGGAUGGAGUUUACGGUCCAGCGGGUGCGCGUCCACCAUUUAUCCCAAUUCUGAGUGUAGUAGCAAUGGCAGUCAAUAUUGCCGUAGAAUUAGUACUAGUUCCCGGAGCGAUCCCCACAAAAUGACCCAUUACUGUGCCGACGGCGACUGUUGCAACGAUCCCCUAUCCCGUCUCUACCUGCAUCAGUGUAACGAGCGCGGAACGAUCCACGAUGAUCGUACGAUCAUUGCUUCCCGCGCGCUUGCCCCGCUCCUCCUCGUGCUGUUUUGCAUUAUUGCUUCCUUUCACGAUUGCAUCAACUUGCUUGUGGUGUUGCUCAUGCAAAGCAAGAUGUAUGCUUGCGGUCAAUCCGCCAUCCACCCGGCUGGUACUUGGCUGCGAUCUGCCCACCGGAGUUUCAGUAUUACGUUUCCCCUGCUGAUUGCUUCUGCAAGCAGAAGAGCACCGACACUGGUUCCCACGGUCGCUUUAUGAAAGCUGUUGCCAAUGCACCUUCUCGGUGCGUCUCGUCAUCCACCGGUACCCGUGGCCAACCAGGGUACCGGACACGGACUGAGUUUGUGAUAUUAUUUUACACCGUUUGGCAACAGCCGACCCGAAGUUGUGAGCCACGGUUUUGAUAAGUGUAAAGCGUUAAUUGUGAUUAUGAUUAGUACGAGUAUGAUUUUAAUUAUUAUGAUUAACAUUAUUAUUACCACUGCUACGAUUACUACUUCAACUGCGAGCAUCAUUUCGAUGCGCGAUUAUGCUAAGUUCGUUAGGGUGUACGAUAAGUUCCGUAGCUGAUGAUGGUGACUGAAACGCUCGCGAUCGGUACCGGUAGGGGAAACUGGAAGACUGGAUUCCAUCGAGUGUUGUGUCGGAUAGCAUUCAACGAAGGUGAGAAAGUACAGCGAGCUUUAGCGGCAAGUGUGAGGCAAGUGGGCGAAAACACGGAACCGUUUCACUCUCACUCUCGAGAGUGUGAGGAGCAAUACUUUUGAACCGUGCGUGUAUUUUUCGGCGUACAGACAAACCUGGUACACAAUGAUACCUUCGGUAGCGUGAAAGUGUGCUAGCCCAACCAGGUGGUAAAACCUGUUGACUGACUGAUCCUGCUGAGUUGGCUGAUCUUUUCGCCCGACCGGGUAUCGUUCGAAGCAGCUCGUUUGUAACACGAACAUAUACCGCUCGAUUUAUGGAUACAAUUUAGAUAGUUACUUGAUUUUUUUCCAUGGAAGGAUCGUGUGGGAAGAAGCAAUUCGGAAAGCAAAUGACUGAAGCAAUGAGGAGGAAGAUGGGAGCAAACGCACGUGAACAGACCGGGCGCGAGAUGGGAAGUGAGAUGAUGCCAACAGACGACGACCGGCUUUAAAGUGCAGUGUGCAUGUGUGUGUGUGUGUGUUUGUGUGCAAUUUCUAGAAGCGUACUUGUACACGUUUCAUUUUUUUUAAAGUUUUGUAGCUAAAACGGAACCUCACCAGAGAGGUUCGAAUUCAAUUCAACACCUUUAUACCAAAUAAGAGCAAUUAAUUUUUAUCCACCUUUUUCACAACAAUAAAUGGCGCGUUGAACCAGGUCGGAAACAGGUGUGAAGUAGUGGAAAGAAUAGGAGGGGGGGGUCGUAAAGUACCAAAAACCCUAGCAUACCUAGUAUAACGCGACGCUAUAAACUCCAUUCGCAACGGACUGUAUUUUCUAACCUUCUAACCGAGAUGCAGCAUUUUGUAACCAACCUACCAAUUCCAACCGUUGUUUCAUGGUUCAAUCAGCCUACACCCAGAAAACCUUGUGAACCUUCCUAAGAGCACCUAUCCCGAGAUCAUUAUCGCGAAAGGAUAUCUGCAACGUAACCCAUCCAAAAUCCUAUCUGUUUGCAAACGAAAUGCAAUGAAAGCGUGUGUACUCUCCCAUGUUCUUCUUCGGUCCGGCAAGUAGUAUUAUAAUAGAGAAUAAACUUUAUCCAAACUAUUCAUUCAACAAA